GCUAGAAAACUAACCUCCUUACGUCACAUCAAAUCAUGCCUUCAAUAAAGUAAUGUAAGGAGUUGUUUUUAUGUAUUGUAGCUGAAAAUUGAGGAAAAGUGGUUUCUAUUUUGAAGAAAAUGGUGUCUUGGAAACUCACCAAAUGCAUCUUCUUGGGCUCCCUCCCAGUGUGCGGCUACUUUGCAGGAACACAUCUAGAAAGACGAAAGCUCUUGGACCACUCUAAAGACACCCAACUUCGAAAUUUACCAGCGUUACCAUUAUUCGGAACUGUCUCGGCAGCUUCCCCCAUUGCUCCCGCCCAAUCAACACAACUCGAGACUAAUGUUAGCAGAGUAUCGCAAAUAAUGAAAUACGGCUUUCCAAGUCUAGACCAUGUAAGAUCUUUUGACGACUAUGUUUUAAGCUACGAUCGUCGUAACAGGGUGGCGCAUUGGGUCUUUGAGCACCUCACCGCAGACAGGGUAAAACCUAACGACGGAGUAGAUAGAUCGAAAUGCGAAUUUAAACCUGACGAAAGUAUACAUAAGUUUUUCAGGUUCGUGUGUGUAUUCUUUAUGACUUUUCACGUUUUCAGAAAAGAGAGUGAUGGGAAGAACUACGUUAAAUAUGAAGUUAUCGGUGCUAACCAUGUAGCUGUCCCCACGCACUUCUAUAAGGUUGUCGUCGGAGAAACGGCAGAUGGUAAUUUGGAGAUGGAAGCGUAUGUUAUGCCAAAUCAAGUUAUAGAUAAUGAGACUCCUCUUACAAGUUUUCAAGUACCACCAGAGAGCAUAGAAAGAGCAGCUGGUCUACUGUUUUUUGAUAAUAUAUCCAGGAGUAAAAUUAGCAAAAUCAAUGGGAAGAAAUCUUAACCGCAAAACAAUUUCGAUUAAUUAAUAAUAGUCUAGAGAGUGAUAGUUGAUAAGAACCAAAUAUUGAUUGUUUUAUGUACAGACUGCAGGACUUAUUUUAUUAGUUUUUAUUCAGAUUGAUUAUGUAUACACAUUUUAUGCUGUAAAUAAAGCCAUGUUGGUAAAA